GCAGCGCAAUCCUCAGUCCCCACCCGACCGCCGGGGACAGGAGGUGGCCUGCGCUCCCGGUCUCGUCCCAAACCCAUCCGCCGCUUGAUGCUGAGUUUUAAGCUGCAUCCAUCUGUACAUUCUUUAGCCAGUGUCUCUGGGGAGAGAGAGAGAAAUUGCUCCGGGGCUGCCCUGAGUUCCCACAUCUGGAUACCGCAGACGCAAAGAAGGUACUCUAAGCGAGGCACCGCCGCAUCACAGCGGGGACUGGCGAGGACUAACAGUGGCCGAGCCCCUGGACGAGCCCUGUCGGAUGUCAGCGGAGAGAUGGCUUUGAGCUCAGCCUGGUGCGCAGUCCUGCCCCUGUGGCUCCUCUGGGGCGCCGCCUGCUCCCGCGCCGCGUCUGGGGACGGCAGCGCCUUUGACAUUGAAGGGAGCUCAGCGUUCGGCCGACUAGACCCGCCUGAGACCAGCGAGCCCCGCGUGGCUCCCGGAAGCCUGCCGCCUGCGGCCAAGAAAUGCGACGCUGGAUUCUUCUUUUCCUUCUCCGAAGAAUGUUUGCCCUGUGACUGUAAUGGUAAUUCAAACGAGUGCUUGGACGGCUCAGGACUCUGUGUGCACUGCCGGCGGAACACAACAGGCGAGCACUGUGAGAAAUGUCUAGAUGGCUAUAUUGGAGAUGCCAUCAGGGGACCCCCCCGGUUCUGCCAGCCAUGCCCCUGCCCGCUGCCUCAUGUUGCCAAUUUUGCAGAGUCCUGCUAUAGGAAAAACGGAGCUGUUCGGUGUAUUUGUAAAGAAAACUAUGCUGGACCUAAUUGCGAGAGAUGCGCUCCUGGUUACUAUGGAAACCCCUUGCUGAUUGGAAGCACUUGUAAGAAAUGUGACUGCAGUGGGAAUUCAGAUCCUAACCUGAUCUUUGAAGAUUGUGAUGAGGUCACUGGCCAGUGUAGGAAUUGCUUACGCAACACCACUGGAUUCAAGUGUGAACGGUGCGCACCUGGGUACUAUGGAGAUGCGAGGAGAGCCAAGAACUGUGCAGCGUGCAAUUGUGGGGGAGGCCCAUGUGACAGCAUAACCGGAGAGUGCUUGGAAGAAGGUUUUGAGCCCCCUACAGGCACGGACUGCCCAACCAUAAGCUGCGAUAAAUGCAUCUGGGAUCUGACUGAUGACCUUCGGUUAGCAGCGCUCUCAAUUGAAGAAAGCAAAUCUGGCCUGUUGAGUGUAUCAUCUGGUGCCGCAGCUCAUAGGCACGUGAACGAAAUCAACUCCACCAUCUACCUCCUCAAAACAAAAUUGUCAGAAAGAGAAAACCAGUAUGUCCUAAGAAAGAUACAAAUCAACAAUGCUGAAAACACAAUGAAAAGCCUUCAGUCUGAUGUGGAGGAAUUAGCUGAAAGGGUAUGUAUUCGGUUUCUGAGACUAACUUCAAGGAGGGAUUUAGCUAGUGUGAGACUGGCUAGUCACAAAUGUUUGAGGCUUAACACAGCCCAGAAAAAAUGCAGGGACCCAGGUGCUCCCCAUCACCUCUCCCUCCUGCCUUCUCUCACCGUGCCCUUCCUUUCAGAGAUCAGCAGCAAGAUGCUGUAUUAUGGGGAAGAGCAGGAACUUAGCUCUGAGGAAGUCUCUGAGAAGCUGGUGUUGGCACAGAAGAUGCUGGAGGAGAUCCGACGCCGUCAGCCGUUCCUCGCCCAGCGGGAACUUGUGGACGAGGAGGCAGACGAAGCCCAUGAAUUGCUGAGCCAGGCUGAGAGUUUGCAGAGGCAGUACAAUGACACCCGCUCUCUGUUUCCUGUGGUCCUGGAGCAGCUGGACGACUAUAACGCCAAGUUGUCAGACCUCCAGGAAUCACUUGACCAGGCCCUUAACCAUGUCAGGGAUGCUGAGGACAUGAACAGGGCCACGGCAGCCAGGCAGCGGGACCACGAGAAACAGCAUGAGAGAGUAAGGGAACAGACGGAAGGGGUGAACGCGUCUCUGAGGACGUCUUCCGACUCACUGAUGAUGCUAUGGCUGACCCUUUCAGAACUUGAUAGCAUAAUAAAGAAUGCAUCAGGGAUUUAUGCCGAAAUAGAUGGAGCCAAAAACGAGCUUCAAAGAAAACUAUCCAACCUGAGCAACCUCAGUCAUGAUUUAGUUCAGGAAGCUGUUGACCAUGCACGGAACCUUCAGCAAGAGGCUGAUGAGUUGAGCAGGAAUUUGCACAGUUCAGAUAUGAAUGGAUUGGUACAGAAGGCUUUGGAUGCUUCAAAUGUCUAUGAAAAUAUUGCCAAUUAUGUUAGUGAAGCCAAUGAAACAGCAGAACAGGCUUUGAACAUCACUGAUCGAAUUUAUGAUGCUGUGAGUGGGAUUGAUACGCAGAUCAUUUACCAUAAAGAUGAGAGCGAGAACCUCCUCAAUCAAGCCAGAGAGCUGCAAGCAAGGGCAGAUUCUAGCAGUGAUGAGGCAGUGGUGGACACCAGCAGACGCGUGGGUGGAGCCCUAGCAAGGAAGAGUGCUCUCAAAAACAGAUUAAAUGAUGCCAUUAAAAGACUGCAAGCCGCAGAGAGAGGUGAUGCUCAGCAGCGCCUGGGUCAGUCCCAGCUGAUCACCGCGGAAGCUAACAAGACCACAAUGGAAGUCCAGGAGGCAACCGCCCCGAUGGCUACCAAUCUAACCAACUGGUCACAGAAUCUUCAAAGUUUUGACUCUUCUGCUUACAAUACUGCCGUGGACUCUGCCAGAGAUGCAGUUGGAAACCUGACAGAGGUUGUGCCUCAGCUCCUGGAUCAGCUUCGCACAGUAGAACAGAAGCGGCCUGCAAGCAAUGUUUCCGCCAGCAUCCAAAGGAUCCGAGAGCUCAUCGCUCAGACCAGAAGUGUUGCCAGCAAGAUCCAAGUCUCCAUGAUGUUUGAUGGCCAGUCAGCAGUCGAAGUGCACCCCAGAGCCAGCGUGGAUGACUUAAAGACCUUUACAUCUCUGAGCCUGUACAUGAAGCCUCCUCCUGUGAAGCAGCCAGAACUGGCUGGGACUGCAGAUCAGUUCAUCCUGUACCUCGGAAGCAAAAACGGCAAAAAAGAGUACAUGGGUCUUGCAAUCAAAAAUGACAACCUGGUGUACGUUUAUAAUUUGGGAACUAAGGAUGUAGAGAUUCCCCUGGACUCCAAGCCUGUCAGUACCUGGCCUGCUUACUUCAGCAUUGUCAAGAUUGAAAGGGUAGGAAAACACGGAAAGGUGUUUUUAACAGUCCCAAGUCUAAGUAGCACCGCAGAGGAAAAGUUUAUUAAAAAGGGAGAAUUUGCUGGAGAUGACUCCUUGUUGGAUCUGGAUCCCGAAGACACUGUGUUUUAUGUUGGGGGCGUGCCAUCAAAUUUCAAGCUCCCUGCUAGCUUAAACCUGCCUGGCUUUGUUGGCUGCCUGGAAUUGGCCACUUUGAAUAAUGAUGUGAUCAGCUUGUACAAUUUUAAGCACAUCUAUAAUAUGGACCCCUCCAAAUCAGUGCCCUGUGCCAGAGACAAACUGGCCUUUACACAGAGUCGGGCUGCCAGCUAUUUCUUCGAUGGCUCUAGUUAUGCCAUAGUGAGGGAUAUCACAAGGAGAGGGAAGUUUGGCCAGGUGACUCGCUUUGACAUCGAAGUUAGAACACCAGCUGACAAUGGCCUCGUGCUCCUCAUGGUCAAUGGAACUAUGUUUUUCAGCCUGGAAAUGCGCAGUGGUUACCUACAUGUGUUCUAUGACUUUGGGUUUAGCAAUGGCCCUGUGCAUCUUGAAGACACAUUAAAGAAAGCUCAAAUUAAUGAUGCAAAAUACCAUGAGAUCUCAAUCAUUUACCACAAUGAUAAGAAAAUGAUUUUGGUAGUUGACAGACGACAUGUUAAGAGCAUGGAUAAUGAAAAGAUGAAAAUACCUUUUACAGACAUAUACAUUGGAGGAGCUCCCCCAGAAAUCUUACAGUCAAGGACCUUAAGAGCACACCUUCCCCUAGAUAUCAACUUCAGAGGAUGCAUGAAGGGCUUCCAGUUCCAAAAGAAAGAUUUCAAUUUAUUAGAACAGACAGAAACCCUGGGAGUUGGCUAUGGAUGCCCAGAAGACUCUCUCAUAUCUCGAAGAGCAUAUUUCAAUGGACAGAGUUACAUUGCUUCAAGUCAGAAAAUAUCUUUUUUUGAUGGCUUUGAAGGAGGUUUUAAUUUCCGAACGUUACAGCCAAAUGGAUUACUGUUCUAUUAUGCAUCAGGGUCAGACGUGUUCUCCAUCUCAUUGAAUAAUGGCACCGUGAUCAUGGAUGUGAAGGGAAUCAAGGUGCAGUCUGCAGAUAAGCAGUACAAUGAUGGGCUGUCCCACUUCAUCAUUACCUCCGUCUCCCCAGCAAGAUAUGAGUUGAUAGUAGAUAAGAGCAGACUUGGGAGUAAGAACCCUGCCAGAGGGAAAGUGGAGCAGACCCAAGCAGGUGAAAAGAAAUUCUACUUUGGCGGCUCACCCAUCACUCCCCAGUAUGCUAAUUUGACCGGAUGUAUAAGUAAUGCCUACUUCACCAGGUUGGAUAGAGAUGUAGAGGUCGAAGAUUUCCAGCGGUAUUCUGAAAAGGUCCACACUUCUCUUUAUGAGUGUCCCAUUGAGUCUUCACCAUUGUUUCUCCUUCACAAAAAAGGAAGAAAUUCCUCAAAGCCUAAAACAAAUCAGAAUAAAAAGGGAGAGAAAAGUAAAGAUGCUCCUUCGUGGGAUCCUGUUGGCCUGAAAUUCCUGGAGAGGAAUGUUCCGAGAGACUCACACUGCCAGCUUUCCAACAGCCCUAGGGCAAUAGAGCACGCCUAUCAGUACGGAGGGACGGCCAACAGCCGUCAAGAGUUUGAACACCUAAAAGGAGAUUUUGGUGAAAAAUCCCAGUUUUCCAUUCGUCUGAAAACACGUUCCUCCCAUGGGAUGAUUUUCUAUGUCUCAGAUCAAGAAGAGAAUGACUUCAUGACCCUGUUCUUAGCCCAUGGCCGCUUGGUUUUCAUGUUUAAUGUUGGCCACAAGAAACUGAAGAUUAGAAGCCAGGAGAAAUACAAUGAUGGAUUGUGGCAUGAUGUGAUAUUUAUUCGGGAAAAGAGCAGCGGCCGAAUGAUAAUUGACGGACUUCGAGUCUUAGAAGAAAGUCUUCCCCCUACAGGAGCUGACUGGAAAAUCAGGGGUCCUAUUUAUUUGGGAGGUGUGGCUCCUGGAAGGGCUGUGAAAAAUGUCCAGAUAAACGCGGUCUACAGCUUCAGUGGCUGCCUCAGCAAUCUUCAGCUCAAUGGGGCCUCCAUCACCUCUGCUUCUCAGACAUUUAGCGUGACUCCUUGUUUCGAAGGUCCAAUGGAAACAGGAACAUACUUCUCAACAGAAGGAGGUUACGUGGUCCUAGAUGAGUCUUUCAAUAUUGGAUUGAAGUUUGAGAUUGCAUUUGAAGUCCGUCCCAGAAGCAGUUCCGGAACCCUUGUUCACGGCCACAGUGUCAAUGGGGAAUACCUAAAUGUUCACAUGAAAAAUGGGCAGGUCAUAGUGAAAGUCAACAAUGGCAUCAGAGACUUUUCCACCUCAGUGACACCCAAGCAGAGUCUCUGUGAUGGCAGAUGGCACAGAAUUACAGUUAUUAGAGAUUCAAAUGUGGUUCAGUUGGAUGUAGACUCUGAAGUGAACCACGUGGUUGGACCCCUAAAUCCAAAACCAGUUGAUCACAGGGAGCCUGUGUUUGUUGGAGGUGUUCCAGAGUCUCUACUGACACCACGUGUGGCCCCUGGCAGGCCCUUCACAGGCUGCAUCCGUCACUUUGUGAUUGACGGGCGCCCGGUGAGCUUCAGUAAAGCAGCCCUGGUCAGCGGCGCCGUGAGCAUCAACUCCUGUCCAGCAGCCUGACACAACAGAGCUAUCCAAGCACAAAGUUCUUUAGAGCACUGAAAGAAAUACAAGGCCAGCCAGGAGGAGUGGCGGUCCUUCCUCUCUGUAGAAGCUUUCAUCUAGUUGAGCAGGACUUCAAUGAGUCAUCAGGGACUGGAUGUUUAUUAUUUCUUACUUGGAUUCUUACCUUGGAUCCAAAAUGUCUGCCAUGGAUAACAGUCAAAGGAGCAUUAAACUUACCUGUAUUUUAUAACUUCCUGCUGGUGAAAUUCCUGUUCCUGUUUCUAAUAAAAUAGAAGGGAUUCUAAAUAAACACUGGCACAUAUUUUUAAAGUG